AUGGUCUCGCCAAGAGAGACUCUUAACACCAAUCAAGCAACUCAUUUAUCUGGUAGAGCGGCUCAUGCUGUUCAGAAGUCUCUGUCUACCUCAUCUUUGAAUAAGAAUAGGUUCUUAGCUCUUGACUUGUCUGAUGAAGAAGAUACAACAACGGUUCUAGAUGAAGAAGAUACGACGGUUAUUGUCUUGUUACUUGUGAUCUUCUGCAUCAUUAACUUGUUAAACUACAUGGACCGUGGUGCUAUAGCGAGCAAUGGUUUCAAUGGAAAUAUCAGGACUUGUAAUGAUAAGGGCAAAUGCAACCCUGCAACUGGGAUUCAGGGACAUUUCAAUCUAAGUAAUUUCGAAGAUGGUGUAUUGUCAUCUUCAUUUAUGGUUGGACUUCUUAUUGCAUCACCAAUCUUUGCUUCAUUAGCAAAAAGUUUCAAUCCAUUUAGACUUAUUGGAGUAGGCUUAACUGUUUGGACUGUUGCAGUUCUUGGUUGUGGCAGUUCCUUUGCCUUUUGGUUUAUCGUCUUAUGUCGCAUGUUCGUUGGUGUAGGUGAAGCUUCUUUCAUCAGUCUUGCAGCUCCGUUUAUAGAUGAUAAUGCUCCUCACAAACAGAAAGCUGUGUGGCUUGGUGUGUUCUACAUGUGUAUACCAAGUGGUGUUGCUUUGGGCUAUGUCUAUGGCGGAUACAUAUGUAUAUUUUGGCGCUAUGCGUUUUGGGGAGAAGCUGUAUUAAUGGCUCCAUUUGCUGUUCUUGGUUUCUUGAUGAAACCUUUACAGUUAAAAGGGUUUCCUUCUACUGAUUCGAUAAAGAUGGCUUCAUCAGUUGGUAAAAACAACAAACAUCUUCAAGCUGGUGGUAAUGAGAUUGAGGUCUCCAUUGAAACUUAUAAGUCAAGUUACAAGAACGUAGUUUCGAAAUCGUUUACUCAAUUUGGGAAAAAUAUGAAAGUUCUAUGUAAAGAAAAAUUCUUUGUUGUUAAUGUCUUAGGUUAUGUCUCAUACAACUUUGUUAUUGGAGCAUACUCGUAUUGGGGACCAAAGGCUGGAGGGUUUAUACUCAAUCGUGUCACUGCAACGAUUCCAAAUGCUUUCAAGGCUCCUGUGAAUUAUGUGUGUUUGCAUUGUGUGGAACCAAGUUUAAGACCAUUAUCAAUGGCGAUCUCUACCGUUGCGAUUCACAUAUUUGGCGAUGUUCCUUCUUCUCCUCUUGUCGGUAUCGUUCAGGAUCAUAUCAACAGUUGGAGAAAAACAGCAUUGAUUCUUACAUCGGUUCUGUUCUUAGCUGCUGCAAUAUGGUUUAUAGGGAUAUUUAUAAACAGUGUAGAUCGGUCCAAUGAAGAAGAAAGUGAGAGUGAGAAGCAGAGGAGGCGAGAAGAAUCGAUUGUCACUCCAUAA